GAAGUGUACAACUCGAACAUACCAAGUGAAAUAAAGUGUAUAUAACUAAAAGGCGUAUAUUAUCAACAGCUCCAGAUAUGCGACACCGACGGCAUCGAAGAACUCAGCGACGAAGAGUGCCCGAGCAAUGGCGGCCGCCGCCGACGGCGUGUUGUUGUCAAGACGCUGUGGCGCGGGUGCCAUAACGAUAUCAAAGCGGCGUUCGCCCGCGAAGCUACUUGGGGCGCAGGGCUCAAGCAUCCUCAACUCGCGAGGGUGUUAGGUUUAAGCCUGCUAGAGCCCCCAUGCGCAGCCCUCGAUCGCGGCGAUGCUGCUCCCCUUCCGACGAUUCUGAAAACGAACCAAAAGUUGAAUUACUCCAGUUUGACUCACAUAUGCUGUCAGAUAGCAGCCGGCAUGAAGUAUCUGGAAUCGUUCGAAUUAACACACCGAGACCUAGCUGCACGGAAUAUAACAGCGACUGAAGAACUUAACAUCAAGAUAUCUGACUACGCAAUGUUCUGUGAAGAAUUUGUGACUGAUUACCAUAUCAUGGCUGACGGUUGCCGCUUCCCCUUACGUUGGAUGGCUUGGGAAAGCUUGCUUAUGGGCGUUUAUGCUCCAUCAAGCGAUGUGUGGUCAUUCGGCGUAACAGUCUGGGAAAUAUUAACUUAUUGCCUCGUCAAGCCCUUCGACGAAAUGAAUGACAACCAGGUUAUAGCAAACGCGAACGAGUGGCGUCGAGGCGGUCGCGGUGCCCGGGUGCCGGCCGCGCCGCCGCCGCGUUGCCGCCGAGAGCUCUACGACCUCAUGCACGAGUGCUGGCGUCGUGAACCUGAACAGCGCCCGCGCUUCUACGACCUACAUCGCUUCCUCGAACAUUGGUGUCUAUCUUGAUUGUGUAGAAACUUCACGCUCUUAAAAUGAAAUCAAUUCUGUAGGAAC